AUGUCCUUCUCCAGCCUUGUUCAGGACCUCACUUUGAGGGAUUCCGGUGUUCCGCGCCGCUCUCGCGGUGAUGCCUCUGUCUCCACCAUUGACGACAGUCGUUCGCAAAUCUCGCGUGCCAUGUCCUAUGCCAGCACUGCUGCGACCAGCGUCAGCAUCUCGGGAGACAUUUCUAGCCAGCUGCACGGCGGUUACUUUCAUCCCCUUGCCCGCUCAUGGCAGGCGGAGAGGCAAUUGACCAAGUCGAUGCUGAUCUAUCCCCUUUUCAUUUCCGACCAAGACGAUGAAGAAGUCCUCAUUCCCUCGCUCCCCGGCCAAUACCGCCGAGGCAUUAACAAAACAAUGGCUUGGUUGGAGGUGCUGGUGCGCAAGGGCCUGCGCUCCGUGAUGCUCUUCGGUGUGCCCGUGCGCCCCGGUAGCAAGGACGCUCUUGGCACCUCCGCCGACGACCCGGAGGGCCCUGUUAUCAGAAGCAUCCGCGCCAUCCGUCAGCGCUUCCCCCAGCUCUUCAUUUGUGCCGACGUCUGCCUGUGCGAGUACACUUCUCACGGUCACUGCGGUAUCCUCCGGGACGACGGCAGCUUGAACAACCAGCUGUCAGUUGACCGCAUCUCCGAUGUUGCCAUCGCCUACGCCUUGGCUGGUGCACACUGUGUCGCUCCCUCAGACAUGAACGAUGGCCGUAUUCGUGCCAUCAAGCUCAAGCUUAUCGAGGAAGGAAUUGCCCACAAGACGGUACUGAUGUCAUACUCUGCCAAAUUCUCCGGCUGCCUUUAUGGACCCUUCCGGGACGCGGCCGGUUCUGCGCCAUCCUUCGGAGACCGCAAGUGCUACCAGCUGCCUCCAGGUGGUCGUGGUCUGGCUCGCCGCGCAAUCGUUCGUGACAUUAACGAGGGUGCGGAUAUUAUCAUGGUCAAGCCUGCCAGCCAGUACCUCGACAUCAUCAGUGAUGCCAAAGACUUGGGCAAGGAUCUGCCUGUCGCAGCGUACCAGGUCAGCGGCGAGUUUGCCAUGAUUCACGCAGCGGCCAAGUCAGGCGUGUUCGACCUCAAGACAAUGGCGUUCGAGUCAACUGAGGGUAUCCUCAGAGCUGGUGCGACGAUUGUUAUCAGCUACUUUACCCCCGAGUUCCUUGACUGGCUUUCCACCUAA